UUAUUGUGACACUUCUUGACAUCUCUCCAUUAAGUACGAUGGCAGAUAUCCGAUAAGUGUGUUGUGUUUUACUCUCUCAUCAAGUUUUUUAGUGUAUUUUAUUUUUUCCGCGAUAUUAUAACAACGAAUUAAUCAAAAAAAAAAAAAAAUUGAAAAGUGGGGUUGUUUGUAAAUAAAUCGGAAAACGGAUAGAACGAAAAAAGCCCCGCGACAAUGUUUCAACCAAAAAAUUGCAAUCGAAAUAUGGAAUAACAUAAAAUCAAAAAAAAAAAAAAAUAGUUUCCAAUAUUCCUAACUCGCUCCCCGUAUCGUACGACAAAAACAUUUAUGGCUGACUGUGUAUACCUUUUGAUUGGAAAUUUAACAAAAAAAAAGUUUUUUGAUUUUUUUUGUUGUUGUGUGCUCUCGUAAUAAUUAAAAGUGAAAAUAAAACUGAAUUGUACUGUGUGUAAUAUACAUCAAACCAAAUGUAAAAACUAAAAAUUGAUUCGUUGUUACGUAGACGCUGCCACUGUGUCUUUGUAACGCUGGUGUGAAUAAUUUUUUUAUAAUUAGCAAAGAACAAUAAAAAAGAGCAUUUGUCUCAACUUAUUUGUGAGUAAAUUAAAGGUGACGUGAUCGUAAGCAGUCAGAUUAUGAACAGCGACAAGGAAAUAAAGUCCAAUGACGACGUCAUGACACCUGAUGUCCCAGCAAAUGAACAUAAAGUGCAUCAGGAUCAAUCAAUUGAUUUCAAUGAUGAAUUAAAUUCAGCUAAAUUUGUAGCCAGUGUAAAUGUUUGUGAUGAAUUGCAGCAAUUGCAUAACACGAACAGUGCAAUUAAUAUUGAUGAUUUGCUAAAUGAGAAAAAUCAGCAACCAGAUCGAUCGCUGUCGACGGGGAAACUGUAUGCGGACUGUCGUCGAGUCUCUUUUCCAGUAAAUGAUUGUGAUCUCGUGACUGGUUAUUUGGAACCAGCAAAUCCAUGGGCAACAGUGAAACCAAUCGACAAUGUGUCCGAGCUAACCGAAGUCUACAGGGAAUCGUGUGAAAGGCACAACACAAUUCCAAUCGAUUCCAUAAUUAAGCAUCUCGAUACGUUGGAUCUGGGGAAAACUACAAGAUUGCCAAUACUUAAUCUGAGAGAGCAAACACUGACUGCCGAAUCAUGCGAAGCAUUGGAAGAGGUUCUGAAAAGGGUACAAUACAAAUUAAUCGAUUUAACCGAUUGCGGCUUAAACGACGCAUCUGCCCAAGCCUUAUUUGAAAUGAUAGAAUACUAUGAGGCAGCGAAUGAGGUCGAUAUAUCCGAAAAUCGAAGCAUAACGACAAGGGGAUGGCAAUCGUGUAUCAAUAUGAUAAAACGCAGCCAUGCAUUGCAAACGUUGGCAACUAGAUGCACCCCAUUAUCAGAAUCGAAUGCAAUCAGUUUGGGAAAGGCGAUGUUGGGCUCAUCAUUAUUUACGCUAAAGUUGGAACAUUGUGGUCUGUCGGGCCGGCCCAUAGCAUCGUUGUGCUUGUACUUACGACGAAACACUGUACUUAAGGAACUCUGGUUGGCGCAUAAUGACUUAACUAGUUGUGAUGCUAGCAAUAUUAGUACCGUACUGAAAGCAAACCUACAUUUACAAUUUUUGGAUAUUAGCAAUAACAAUAUUGAGGACGCUGGAGUGAUAUACAUCACCGAAGCAUUAAUUGAACAAGCAAAGCAAUUCAAGAACAUUCACGACUCCAUUUGUGGCACGGACUUAAUACCAAAUAAACCGCACACAAAUCAUAAAGUAUCUCUGUCCUACGAUGAGUCAAUGGAUGUUGGCGAACUGAACAAAUCCAUUAGUUCAAUCAGUGAAACAGUACUGCGAAAUGUGCCAGAACCACCAUCCAAACUGUCUGUACUGGAAACACUGCUGGAAACACACAAAUACAUGGAAAGUAACAGUGCCGGCAAGGAUAGUAAAUUGGUUAAGGCCGACGAUGGGGAUAGGGAACGUAAUGCUGUUGUGGCAGAGCCUUUUGAUAACAAACUACAAGCAAUUUUUGAAAAAAGUGAUAGCAAUAGCAACGUCGAAACGUCUGUAGUGCCAUUCGAUUCGUUAGAAUUAGUAGAACUAAAUAAAAUGUGUGAAAGUCCGGUAGCUCGGGAUGAUAUUGAGCUGAAAAUCGUUGAGGAAGACGAACUGCCUGUAACGUAUGCGGACAUUCUGAAAGCAAGUGAUGAAAGUGAUAUAGAUAAAAGUGUUGUUAAUCCAUCCGAUGGCCUUAUAUUGAAUGAACCGGUGCUUAACGUCUUUGUGGACAAUAACAACAGUUUGGUGGACUUUAUUUCCGACAAAAGUUCUGAAGAGUGUAUCGACCAGCCAACCAGUUCGAUGCAGCAACAUGAUAGUCCCAUUCUCAUCGAUGCCGCGACUGAAACAUCAUUUGACAUCAACGAAAAUAAUUCCACAUCAACAGAUCGCAAAUCAUCCCUUAACUGCAACGAUCACGAUCUAAUCAUUUUCGAUGACAAAUUGAACGACGACCAGGUGCUAUCGCAAAAUCUAUCCAAUUCUACAAAGUCUUCAAAAGCGGACAGCGAUUUACCCAUUGAUUCACCAUGCCUUUAUCCAGCAAUCGACGACGAUGACGACGAUUCAGUUUUUGUGAAAUUAGCAAACACCGAUACGAAUGUCGUUGCAUCAACCGCUAUCGAUGGUCAGCCGUUCGAUAUACCGUUAAUAGUUUCCCGAUCGCCACCGUUGAAUGCCUCUACCGAAACUCCACCAGCCACACCACAGACGCCAAUUAGUCCAAAUUUAUUGAGCUCAGCCGACACACACCUUUUCAUAUCAGAUAGUUCUCAAUCGCUGGACAGUAUCAACGAACUUGGCACGUUUGAGACAAAAGGAUUUCACAUAUCCGCCGCACCGGAACGAUCGUUCAGUUCUGAAAGCUUGAAUAGCGAAACAUCUAUCGACUCCAAUGACUCAAAGUCAUCCAUCAAGCUAACCGAAGCAAAAUUUUCCAAAAAUGGCACGCUGGAACGGCAAUCAAACAAUGUGAUAAUACCAGCCGCAACUACAACGCCGUGCGGCCUGCAAGUGUUGGUAUUGUGGAAUAAUCGAGUGACUAGAGAUGCUGCCAAAUCCAUAUCCGAUCUGUUGGCUGUCACCACGACGCUGGAAAUAUUGAACGUGGGACGUAAUGUGUUAAGUAACGACUUUUUGACGGACAUUAAGUGUAGUCUCAAGUCGAACACAAGUGUUACGAGCUUAGGAUUGCAAAGUGCUCAUUUUACGUGCGCUGGCAUGAAAACCUUAUCCGAAAUCAUUGAAUUUGGUGGAAACUCAACGCUACAGCGCAUUGAUUUGCGUGACAAUCACUUACAAGUUGGUGGGCUGACCGUGUUGAAUGAUGCGAUCAAAACAAAUAAGUCGUUGACCAGGAUUGAUUUGGAUGAUGUGCCGAGACGAGCUUAUGAGCUUGGUGGAGACAGCAGCAUAGACUACUCCAGAAUGGUUAGUAACAUCCGCGCUCAUUGUGCUCACAACGAAAAUCCACCGGAACCCGAACCAGUACGUACGGCAGCUAUCAAACGAGUCCGCACGAACAUGCUGAAUUCGCGUAAAAUUUCGCUAACAUGCCAAAGUAUAAGAAAUUUAGAUCCGGUUAUACCGAAAGUGGAUCGACAUCUGUUGGAUCCGAACCGCAAAACUACUGGUGGGCGUUUAAGAUCUCCCUUACCUAGUCCGAUUCCAUCACCAGUAUCGUCACCUGCUCCUAGUCCAUCACGUAACCGAUUCCAUGUGUCGCGUGUCGUCGAAACUGGUACAUCCCCAAUAACACCUCCAUCAUCAGCCAGCUGUUCACCCACAUUUUUUCAAAACACCACAAAUCAGGCAUCACGAUUCCGUGUUAGUAUUGUCGAACCAACUAAACAACAAACUAAAUUUGUGUACGGUAAUAACAGCACGACCAAAGAUUUACCCACAUCCGCUCCAAACAAAACCGACACAUCCACAGUGUCGAAUAGUAGCACUCCCCCGGCUAAUAAUAUCCAGAUCGCUUCUGUAAAACAAGCGCCAACAAUCGAGCAUGUAAAUAUAACAACAGCCUCGCUGCUACACUCAAUGUCGAACAGUUUUGAUAGUCCCGAUAUGGAAGUGAAACAGUAUAUGGACGACAGUUGCUCGUCGAUAAGUAGUAUGGACUCGAUCGAUCGGCACAGAGAUUUUAUCAACACAUCGAUGAGUUCGACAGAAAGUUUUGAUUUUGUUUUACCCGAGCAAACGAAACCGACAUUGUUACCGCGAUGCACAGCUAAUGUUAAAGUGAGCACAUUUGAAGCGACGCCCAAAGACACCAUCCCAUCGAACAAUAAAAUCCAUGACAGCCUGUCGAGUUCGGAAGAUGCCAGCUCCACUUCUACCGAUUCACUGUACGGUUCACAAGAUAUUCCAGUGCCUACAAGUUCUUCGAAUGAAGGAACUUUAACCAAUAGUCCUAGUAGUCCGAGCUAUUCUUAUAUCUGUGAUAAAACUAUUGAAGAUAAAGCGGAUUCGUUAACAGUUAAACCGCAAGAGAAACGCGUACGCAGCACAUCGUGGAUGUCGAAUCCAAUUUCGAUGGCAAAAAGUGAUGGUUAUCCAGCCACGCUAGACAAAUUGCUGUCAAUUUUCCAACAUCCUGGAAAUUUCUUUUCGCGAUCGUGCAACAACGACGGCGGUAAAUCGUCCAAAGAUACGUCACCGCAAAAUACCGAAAAUAAGCCACCGUCGAGGAAGGAAAGUCCGAUGGGUGGACUGUUUGCAUGGACAACAAACAAAAAGGAAAACGUUUCCGACGACAUUGACUGUCGAACUGGUACCGAUAAAGCCAAGUCCCCGUUACAAACGAACCUAUCCCCGGAAAAUAUUACAAUGCCAACGGCAAUCGACGCCUGUUUGAUCAACAGUAAAAUCAAGCAGGAAAUGAAGGAGAAUAUAUCACCGGAACAUACAAUUACGGCAACCAGCGUGAUCAAUAUCAAAUCUCAAAUGGUAGAAAUGCGAGACAAGUCGGAGAAAGUUCAUUUUGAAGUUGGCGGCGACGACGACGACGUCAUCGAUGUGGCCGACGAUAAUGACGACGAUGAUGAUGACGACGACGAUGACGAAAUUCUGCCCAUCGAUUCGAGUACUUCCAGUUUAACGGCAACCGAUUUGAAUACGUCAACCACUGUUGGGGGUCGGAGUACUGGAUGCAGCUCGGAUACGGUGCACAAUGAUGCAGUGACGUGUAGCAACAAAAGCUGCUUGCAAGGAUUGGGUCAGAAAACGCGUGAUUCGUUAAGUAUAAUUAAGGGACAUUCAAAGAACUCGCAAGAUUCAAUGCGGUCGUUAGAAUCGUUAACGGAAGUUGAUAAAGUUGAACCGUUUGUCGAUGCCACUUCGUCGCAAUAAGUUUAGUCAGUUGGUUAGUAAUUAUUUUCAAUUUUCUUUUUACGAUAAUUAUUUCGAUUCUUUUUUAGUAUUUUUAUUUUUCAAAUUUAUUAUUUCCCACGCGACAUGGCAAAUAAAUACUUUUUAUUCAUUUGACGAACUCGCUAUCAUAUAUUCUGAACCAAUUUUCGUCUCUUAUUUCCUUGCACAUUUUAGAAACGCUUUCCUUCAUGGUUACUGACGACCAUAGCCCAUCUAACAUUUUAACGAGAUCGAUGAAACUGUAAAAACUCACAGUAUCAAAACGUUGGAGACUGAAAUUUCUUAAGAGUUGUGUCCUCCAUGUAGAUCUUUUCCCCAAGACUAUUUGAAAAUCCAAAUUUUUCAUCCUUUUUUGGUGCUUACCAAGCAAACCACAACACACGUUUGUCCUCUUAUUCUUCUUGGAUUUAUUUGACAAAGAAUUUAAAUAAGGGUCAUCUCGACAGUCACAAUUUCUCACACAAAUCAAUUUUUUAACGUUGGUAUAAUGCCGCUGCGUUUCCCAAAUGACUGUUCAAAAAAUCACCUGUUCUAGUGCUUGAUUUGUGCGAUGAUAUGAGUUAAAUAUUCGCAAAUUACAUCAGUUAUUUGAGUGUCUGAUUAAUAGAGCAUUCUCGUAUACUAUCGAAGCCUCACAGCUCUCGGGCCAGUUAUAAUUCAACGCGAAUCCAGAUUCUCAGUAAAUCAUCAGAGCCGAACUGGCUACCUGAGGGCGCAUUGGGCAUUUGGGCAUUUGGUCUAUGGACGCACAAGUAUGUAUCAUAAGUGUCGUUAUAAAAAUUUCAAUUGAUAACACCAAGCCCUGCCCGAUUUCACAAAAUGGUCAGUUCGGCACAGUGAAUCAUAGUUCCGUGGAAAUCUGAGAAGUCACAAAGGGUAAACCAAAAUUUAAAUUGUGAAGAGCACCUACGAGGUUAUAGGUCCUUAAAUGAGCAAUAUUUAAUUGACUCUUGUUUAACAGUUCACGCCGGCGCAUGAUCCCUAGCAGCCCUUGGAAGGAUAAAUUUGAAAAGAUUAUUUUCGUUUAAUAUUCCCGUAGUCGAAUUUAAAAUCAAAAUAGCAAAGAAAAUCUCAGGAUUUUCGAAGGGCUUUCAAAAUUUAAUCGAAAUGACGAAUAAAUGUCGGUCAUCAAUAUUAUUACGACAAUUGCGACAGUGGUGUUCUCAAUACAUUUUCUGGAGCUUUCAAAGAUAAAACAAAAUAAAAAUUCGUUCCAUAUUUACCACCUUUUGUUUGAUCAGUUCGUUUCAUACUGUGUCGUACUUGUAUAUCAAAUAUGUCGACCCGGGAUUUAGGUUUUAAUGGAACCUACGUUCAAGCGACAAAAAAGAAAAUAAUUAAAAAUAAACAAAAAAUCAGUUGAACAAACUGUGUAAACAAAAGAAUAGAGUUCGGUGGAGUGUGCAGAAAAUAAAGAAAACUACACUAAGCUGCCGUGAUGAGUGCACGGUACAUUUCGAAGGAUUAGUUUGAAUAAAAUGUAGAAAUAAAAUGAAAAAACAAACAAAAACAAAAGAUAACUUUUAUGGGUGAAUGGAUUUUAUAUUUAAAAAUGAAAAGGCAAAAAUUAUGCAGCAAUAUUAUUAAUUUACUAUAUUGAACAGAAGAAAGGAAGAAGAAAAACGUUGAAAACACUAACCUAUUAUGUACAAAUUUAAUUUAAUUAAAAGAUUUUUUUUUUAAUUUUUGUGAUAAUUUCUUUAAGAUAAAGACAUAAAUGUCAGUGCGAACGAACGUAAUAUAUUUGUGUCGGGUUUAUAAAUUGAAACUUUUGUCGCGACAUUUUUUUGUUUAUUUUUUUUUUUGGGCUCAGUUUUCGUUGUUUCACAUGAAAAGAACUAAUGAACAGAAACAAAUAACUCAUAAAUUUACUGUAAUUUACGACAAGUCAUUUAAGAUUGAAUGAUGUCCACUGAUUAACAAAAAAUGCUAUGAAUGUUUUCCCAAUUUUUUCGAAAAAGUCAAUACAAAUUACAUUUCCAUAGAAAUCCUAAAACGUUUCCCUGAAGCGAAGACUAACGUAUAUCUCAGAAAAAUAUUCGUCCAUUAUCCCAUCAACUCUUUCACUGAUUCCCUCUAUUUCAUCAAGACAUUUUUUUAUUGAUUUAAUCGAAUUUAAUGAACUUUCGAUGCCCACAUCAUGUAAAAUACAUUACAAGAUAACUAUUACAUAACUAGGGAUAACUAGAGGUUAUUGUGAAGAAUUCGAAAUUCCUAAAAAAUAUUCUUACAUUUUUGAAUACAGUGCACGACUUCCAAUUUUGUGCACUAUUUCGAUCAGGGCCUAAUAUUUGUAAACAUUUUUGUGAAACUUUGACAAUUUUUGUGAAACUUCGCCAAUUUUUUGUGCAACCUUGACAAUUUUUUAAAUUUCUAAUAACAUUACAAUCACACUUUUCAUGACUUUUAAGUUACUGAUUGGUUUCACUGAGAUGACUGAAUUUUAUAAUGAAGUAAAUGAAUUUUACGCAAUAAGAAGAUUUCGUAAGAAAUGCGGCUACUCUUCAAGUUAUAUCGUUUUGGGUGAUAAGCUAGUGUACACAAAUGACGUCAUGCUAAAAUUAGGAACUUUCGAUACACUUUCCCUUUUGUCAUGAUAAAUCACAUUUGUAUAUCCCCUACCACCCUAAAAUUACGUCACAUUUUCGUAUCAGCCCAAAUCGGGAAAUAGGUGAAAUUUUAUGAAACUUUGACAAUUUUUGUGAAACUUUGACAAUUUUUGUGAAACUUUGACGAAUAUUAGGCACUGAUUUCGAUUCAGCUGUUUGACCAACUGUAAACAAACGAGGUCAGUUAUUUUUAUAAUCAGGAGGAGAUAGAAAUGGCAACAAUGGUUUGUUUAUUAUCAAACAGCUGAAUCGAAAUAGUGCACAAAAUUGAAUGUCGUCCACUGUACUUAAAUUUAGAAAUUUUGUAAAAAAUAGGAGUUUUAUGGAAUUUUUAGGAAUUAAAUUCGAGAUUAUUCCAAGAGUUGCAGUAAAUGAAAGAUAUUUUAAGUUGAAAUUAUUUCAUCUAAAAUGGGUUGGUAAUUCAUAUCUAGAAAACAUUUGUCUUCAAGCUUCACCAAAACAUAGAUCCCUCCUAGAAAUUUUUCGAUAUUGACCACAUACAAACACAUUUCACACAUUUCACACAUUUCAAACAAUGCUUAUAUACCAGGUACCUGGGAAUGUGUUGCAAAUGCAAAACUAAUUUCUAUCAAUAAUUGUGUUUUAUCUCAUACUAAGUUUAAUUAGAAGAAGUCAUUUUUUAAUCAAAUGUGGAUUGAACGGUGCGUAAACAAGCGGUGCGAGAUUUUUUUUUUACAUUUUGUUUUCACCUUAAUCAUUUAUCAUAUUUAAACCACACAAAACUAACAGAAAUGUUUCAUAACCUAAUUGAUUCGGAGCCAGUCCAGCUCCUCUUCAAGUGUUAAGUACUUUUGCAUAUUUCCAGUCCCACUAAUUUCUUUUCUUUAAAACUAUUUUCAAAUCUAUUGAUCUACUAUUUCAAUUAAAAAUAUUUUGCAGAUUGGGAACGUUCAUAAACACUUUUGUGGCAUAAAAGAUUAUCUAACCAUCAUUGCUAAUUUCAUCAUCAUAUUUCACUUUAAUAUUCAUUCUUCAGUUUUCUCGUAAGAUUUGACGACAAUUUAUAAUUUGAGUUAUUUACUGCUUUAUAUUUUAUAGGUCAAUUUACAGGUUUGAUUUUUGUUGAUUGUUUUAAUUUAAGUUUGACACAUAAGUACACAUUUUUACUAUACAUUUAUGUCGUGUGUGUAAAACAGAACCAAACAUAUAUCUCCUAUGGUCGGUGCUUAAAGUCUACAAAAUUACUUAGUUAUAGAUAAAGUUGAUUGAUUAAGCUGAAUCGAAACGGUACCUUCGUUCUUCGUACUAAAAAAUCAAGAAAUUCUAAGAAGAAAACAGAUUUAACCUUAUCUUGCUUUGAAAGACAUUAUGGGAACCUUUUAAACUUCCUUCCAAAUAAAUUCGUCUUUCACGUAGAAUCAAUUGGCCUAAAUUUUCCAUUUCUCUUAGCGAUUUGUAUUGGUCGUCCGUUAUGGAGAAUUGAGCAAAAAGGCUUAAAUUGCGUUCCUAGUUCCUAUCCUAGUAAAAAUGGACCUUGCUUUUGAUGCAUAUGGCACAUUGUGCAGAAACAUUAUGAACUGUAAUUUGUGCGUGUUUUGCGCCCAGCCUGGUUAUCAAAAAAAAAAAUUCUUUGGUAAAUUCAGUAAAUGGUCGUUAGUUUUGAUAAAUCAAAUUCCCAAUAACAAACCCUGCGUGGCGGGUCCUAUUUUUACAAAUUUAAUUCUUAAAAAUUCACAAAAAAAAUAUUUUUAAAAAAUCGUAAAAAUUUCUUCAAUUCAAAAAUUUAAGAAUUUUGAGGAAUCUUUUAAAAAUCCUAUGGUUCUGCGUAGCCUUUAAUAAGAUCUCGUUGCAUUACAAACAAUGGAAAUUUUUCAAACUCAAUCACAAACAACUUCAAAGCCUCGCAAGGUAUUCGUGAUUUUUAUUAGGGAUCUAUUCUGCUGCCACUUAAUUUUCAAGAUCAUUACCAGAAGACUUUAAAGACUUCAAGACUUAAAACGGUACCUUCAAUGACGAGAAAUUAAGACAGUCAUUCAUUGUAGACAUUGCGCUUGACAGUGUCGCUUAUUUUUGUAUCAUAUAAAUAAAUUUGAUCUUAAAAACCAUGUUCUAACGGUGCGAAAAAAUGUUAGUUAAAACAUUACCAGAUUUUAUUUUAUUUUUUAAAACUUCGUCCUUCAAAAGUUUCUCUGGAUAAACCUAUGAUGACAUUUCAUUUUAUCUUAACUAAUCCAAAAAAAAGUAAAAUUAUUUGUUUACCUGAUUUUCAACUUAGAAUAACAAUUUUUUUUUAUCUAUAAAUAAUAAUUUCUAUUUUAAAUUUAAAAAGAGAAAGAAAAAAUUUAAGUCAAUUGGACUUCAACUGAACAGUGUGAUGAACUACAUAAGCUUAAAAACGUUCUAGGAAAACUUAACAAAUUUAUAAUUUUUUCGUAAAUUACCUACAUUAGAUGAAGUUAACAUAAAAAAUAAUCGGUUCGUUUAAAUCACUAAAACUACAUAGAAUAUUUAACGAACAAGUUUCGUUUCGAAGGUAUUUUAUCGUACCAGAUGUCAAAUUGACAAUCAGAGGCAAAUCCGAGAUUUAUUACAUAAUACGUGCAAUAAAAUACCUUCAGAGCAAACGUGUUACGUACAACUUAUAUGUAAUUCCGGACAUAAACACCUUUCCAAUGCAAUAUAUUUCAAUGGCAUUGUCACGAAAAUAAAACUCCAGAAUCGGAAUUGGGUCUUUUCAACACUAGUGCUGACUUAAAAGUCAUUUCGACACUAGCUCCGUAAUGAAAUUAAAAAUUUGACAAAUACUCUGACUAUUUUCUUAACAUUUAAAGUAAAUAUUUUCAGAUAAAUGUUUGGAUGUAGUGCGAAAGAUCACGCGAUUUGAAAAUUCAAAAGUAAAUUUUCGUAAACGAUUAUUCCAUCCGGCCACAAAUUUGUACAUGCUGAAUGUGGUGCUUAUCGAUAAAAGUAAAUGAUUUUCGGUCCGGAAGCAUGUGAUUCGCUAAAGAAAAAACUAUCGAUAAAACAACGCAUGGAGAGAUGAAAAUUAUGUCUUGGGAGCGCAUGAAGCUAUAUUUCAACAAACUAGAUAAGAGUACCGUAGACAUAGUCAUAGUCAUGAGCAAAAUAUGAAAUCUUUAAACAGAGUCAUGAAUUUAUAAUCCCAUGUAAGUCAUAAUAAGCCUUUUGAGUUGAUAUUAGCUUGAUGAGACUUAUAAAAGUAAGCGUCGCUAAUUCAUUGUACAGCUGAAAGAAAUGUUUAAAUUCUCACAUUACACCUACAACAUUUCAUUGGACAAUGAAGCUGAUCUGGCUACUUUUAUUGGAUUGCUUCUGUUCAAUAUUUCGAUAUGAUUUGAGAGCUCAGACUGAGGCUCAGUAAUUCAGCUUUUUCCAAGGAAAAAUGUUGGUCCUUCAAUUGGUAUUUCAAUAAAGCUUUUUAUGCUCAAUUAUUUCGACUAGUGCUGUUUUGAUUGGUGUCUGCUUUUCUUUUGGUGCUAAUUAUGUUUCCGUCCGCAUUGAGUGGCUUUUUAGAAUUUUCCUUCUAUACUUACUUCCAUGGGAUUGUAAAAGCAUGUCUCCAUUGCAAUAAAAUAUAUAAACAAAAAUAGAGAAAAAUAAUAGAAAACAUUAACAGGUGUGAGAGCGGUUCAAAAACGAUAGCGACGGUAGAUUGUCGAAAUUAAGUAGUUUGCCUAAAAUGUUACAAUUUUGAGUUAAUAAACAGAUGACUAACGUCACCGUGCUGAUUUCUUUUUCAGAAUCUUUCUGAAGUCUUGCUGAUUCUUACAGAUUUUGUUGGAUCUAUAAUUUUGAUUAGACUUUCUACGAAAUCGACAUGGUGAACUUACGCAUUUGUUUUUUUUACCUUGUCGCAAAAUUGUCGACAUACUCAAUGAGUAAUAUUCAAGCUGAAUAUUUUUAAAUGACAGCCACCUAUACAUCGUUCUCACGCCUAAUUUAUUAUACAAUACAAAAAGAGAGACAUUAAAAACAAAAAUUGCAGUUUUAGCUUCUUAUCUUAAUUAUAAUUGCUAGCUUUAUGUUACUUCAUAACCGAUUCAAUUUGUGUACCUUAAAAUAGAGCUAGUGAAAGUCACAUGGCCAUAUGUAAUUAAUUAUUCGUUUUACUACAAUUUUUUUUUUGUUGUUGUUUUCAAUUUAGACGAAGAAACAAAAUCUAAUUGAACCUCUGGUGAAAUGGUAAACCAUUUUUUUGUGUAAUUAAAAAACAUGAUUUUUUUUCGUGAAUUACCCAGGGUCAUCAUUUUUAUAUUCCUGCAAAAUAAUUUUAGUAAUAAAUAUUUUAUCUGUAAUAAAAAUAACAAAACGUAUAAAAUAUAAAAAAAUAGCCAUUGAUUUUAAUGAAACCAUUGAAUUGGAGAACCAAACAAACAAACCAAUACAACAUAUAAAAACAAAACAAAACAAUUUAUUGAACACAUUUUAUUUCGCACAAAAUAUUUUACAAAUAAACAAGCAAAAUAAAA